AUGGCUGAAGAAGACCUCGGCCAAGCGGCCGGUGUUGAGGAAUUUCCCGCAUCUCGCGAAGACUACAGUAACUUCUUUACCCUGAAAUCCCGAGGCCAGCCAGUGAACCAACUUACUGGCGCCCCCAAAGAAUUCACCCUCAAUCCACUUGAAAUGUUGGAAAGAACAGAAGACUUUGAAGACUGGUUCAGAGAUGCAUGCCAAAUCCUUAAAAAGAAAGGACUCCAUCGCCUCGUUGACCCAAAAUGUGACAGGCCCAAAGUGACAUCUGACGAAGCAGAAACUUGGGUCGAACACUCCCAUGCCAUACAGAUGUGGCUCCAACAAUCUAUCUCGAAGGACAUCGGCAAUGGUCAAAAUCCCUCAAACCCAUAG